AUGACCGAAGAGAACUAUCGUCCACGAUCCCCCGACUUUUCCUCUCUCCCGCCCUCCAACCCCAACCCCAACCCCACUCAACCGUACGCGCCGCCGAGUCCACUCGCUCACCGCGCCUCCUACGACGCAUCGCCCUUCUUCUCAUCUGGCCAGCGCCCUAGUUCGAGUCGCGUUUCCCAACAGUACGUGCCUCCUUUCCAACUCGGCUUCGACGAGAUGACCCGUCGCUCAUCGCGUUUGCAGCCGGAGGACGCGCCUGUCCCCGAGGCCCCCACGACUAUGCCCGCCGUCGCACCUUCAAUGCCAGACGAGCUUCCACAGACGCGCCCCGGCGCUGGAGUCGAGGUGAAGACCAAGUUCCCCGUCGCGCGCAUCAAGCGCAUCAUGCAGGCCGAUGAGGAUGUCGGCAAGGUCGCGCAAGUCACGCCCAUUGCUGUCUCUAAAGCUCUGGAGCUCUUCAUGAUCUCCCUCGUCACCAAAGCCGCCCAGGAAGCCAAGGACCGCAACUCCAAGCGCGUCACAGCCACUCACCUCAAACACGCGGUCGCCAAGGACGAAGUGCUCGACUUUCUGGCUGACAUCAUCGCCAAGGUACCAGAUGCCCCUGCCCCCGGAAAACGGAAGAUGACGGCAGCGAUCACAACGAAGGCCGUCGCAAGCGCGGUGCGCGGCGACCCAAGGAGGAGAGCGACUAAAGAGCGCGGUAUUGGACACGAUUGA